CACCUCCAUCCCACACUUCCCUCUCAACGCGCCCGCCGGGCGCCCUUCCUCUCCCGGAGCCGGCCCCACACCCUCGCCCUGCACCCGCCAGCUCCCCACGCUCUCGCGCCCGCCCGCUUCUGGCCUGCUCCGUUCUCCCUCAGCGCUAGCUCGCGCUCCCCGGCGCCGGCUGCGGAGAGAGCUGCUCUGCCCUCAGCUGGCGCAGCGCGGGGGCGGUCGCGGGUGGGCGGGUGCCUCCGGCCCGAGUGCGGAGCAUGAGCUGCAGCGGGCCGCGCGCUGCUCCGGGCCGGACUGCGGCGCGAGGGCUACGCGGGAGCUACGCUGGCCCGGACCCAGGAUCUCUCAUGGCCCUGGGGCUGCCUAAGAUCUCUCCCCUACUCUCUGGAAAGGAAACUAUGCCCCAGACAUCCGUUGUCUUCUCCACCAUACUCAGGCCCAGCUGUAGUGCACAGGUGCAGCCCGGCAUGGGGGAGCGAGGAGGUGGGGCCAGCAGCUCUGGGGACCUCAUCUUCCAGGAUGGACGCCUCAUCUCUGGGUCCCUGGAGGCCUUGAUGGAGCACCUGGUCCCCACAGUGGACUAUUACCCUGAUAGGACAUACAUCUUCACGUUUCUGUUGAGCUCCCGGGUCCUCAUGCCUCCGCAUGACUUGCUGGCCCGUGUGGGGCACAUCUGCCUGGAGCAGAGACAGCAGCUGGAGGCUGGGUCUGAUAAGGUAAAGGCCAAGCUGAAGUCCUUCUCAGCUAAGAUUGUGCAGCUGCUAAAGGAGUGGACAGAGGCCUUCCCCUAUGACUUCCAGGACGAGAAGACCAUGGCUGAACUGAAGGCCAUCACCCACCGGGUCACACAGUGUGAUGAGGAGAGUGGCACAGUGAAGAAGGCCAUCGGCCAAAUGAUGCAGGGCCUGCUGCUAUCCCUGGCUGCCCGGGGCCAGCUACAGGAGCUUCGGGAGAAGCUCCGCCUGCCAGCUGUGGACAAAGGGCCCGUCCUCAAGGCCAAGCCGCCAGCCACUCAGAAGGAUAUCCUGGGCGUGUGCUGUGAUGCUCUGGUGCUGGCCCAGCAGCUGACUCACAUCGAGCUGGAGAGGCUCAGCAGCAUUCAACCCGAGGACCUGAUGCAGAUCAUCAGCCACAUGGACUCUCGGGACAAGCACAGGUGCCGAGGGGAUCUGACCAAGACCUACAGCCUGGAGGCCUACGACAAUUGGUUCAACUGCCUCAGUAUGCUAGUGGCCACCGAGGUGUGCCGGGUGGUGAAGAAGAAGCACCGGACCCGCAUGCUGGAGUUCUUCAUCGACGUGGCCCGGGAGUGCUUCAACAUCGGGAACUUCAACUCCAUGAUGGCCAUCAUCUCUGGCAUGAACCUCAGUCCUGUGGCACGGCUGAAGAAAACAUGGUCUAAAGUCAAGACAGCCAAGUUCGAUGUCUUGGAGCACCACAUGGACCCAUCCAGCAAUUUCUGCAACUACCGCACCGCCCUGCAGGGGGCCACACAGAGGUCCCAGACGGCCAACAGCAGCCGAGAGAAGAUCGUCAUCCCCGUGUUCAACCUUUUCAUUAAGGACAUCUACUUCCUGCACAAAAUCCACACCAACCAUCUGCCCAACGGGCACAUCAACUUCAAGAAAUUUUGGGAGAUCUCCCGACAGAUCCAUGAGUUCAUGACAUGGACACAUGUGGAGUGUCCCUUUGAGAAGGACAAGAAGAUUCAGAGUUACCUGCUCACGGCACCCAUCUACAGCGAGGAAGCACUCUUCAUCGCCUCCUUUGAAAGUGAAGGUCCUGAGAACCACAUGGAAAAGGACAACUGGAAGACCCUCAGCACCUGACCGUGCCCUGUCCCGGUCCACCUGUAGGACCACUGUCCUGAACAGAGCCUGAAGAAGCAGAUACAGCCUGCAGACCCGGGACGAAGCACACAUGUGACUGAGCUCUGAUCUCGAUGUGGCUGAGAAGUGGCGGCCUCACUGGUUGGGGUCCAUUUGUAUAUAACUUUUAUGGAAAAAAAAUGGUAGUUAUUUCAUGCAUCCACCUUUGGCACAAAAUGUUUUUGUUUAUUUUAAAUACCAGGGCAGGGCCCUGGUUUGGGGAGGGGUGGGGAGAAUAUCAUGGGAGAUGGUAUCCAUGAUAACAUCUUGGUCUAAUGAAAUGUAGAUUUUUAUUUUCUACUUUUGAUUAUGUCCACAUCUUAUGAAAACAUAUUUUAAAAACCCAACCAAAACCAUCAUGAGCCCUGCCUGCUCAGACGCCCUUCCUGUCAGUGUCUCUGAUGUGGGGCUCGUGCCUUAGAGGGUACUGGGGGGCUGUAUCCUGCUCUGCUCUAGCCCGCAGCCAGCAGUGCAGUGGGGGCACCAGGAAAGCUGGGCCCUGGGCUGCAGGCACCUGUCCUUGAAGCUUGGGCCAGCGAGGGCCUAUGCUCCAAGGCCUGUGGGGCCAGUAGGUCUCAUUUGCAUACUUCUGUAGGUGAACCUUUGAGUUCGGGCUUUCCAAAGUUUACAUUUUCCUUUUCCUUUAUCAGGGAUUUAUGGAAUGGGGAGGGGCGGGUGACACCUAACAGCAUAUUUUCUGUUGGAAUAUAUCUGGUGAAUCUUUCUUCAACUACAUUUUAGGAAACAGAGAAAAUCUAAAAUAAUGUAAAGUGGGGGGCAGUUAUGGAAUUGUCAGUUUUCCAGGCUGUCACUGGAAGACAUACUUAGCUGUAAUGAAGAACAUACAAAGCAGACAUGAGGUUGACGACUGCAGAGCUGUUUUUGAAACCCAAGUACAAAGUGAAAAGCAGCAGCUCAUACACCAGUAUUCCAGUGGGCAGCUCCUCCUCCCCUCUAGGUGGGGCUCCCCUAAUGGAAUCCAAAACACAGAAACUGAGCCAGGCCAGUAUGCUAGAGCCACUCACAAACAACUGCCCCACGCUGGAGGUGUUUUCUUCUCCCAACUCAAGGAGCACACUCCAUUUUCUGACUUCCUGGCUGGGGACAGUGAUUGCCCUGCUCCCUCGAGAGAGAGGUGGGCCAUCCACGCUGACUCCAGCUCCCUGGCGUUGGGCUUUCCUUGUACAAGCAGGUUUGGAACUACUCACCCAUGUCUGUGUCUGUUCCCCUGGCUCCUGCAGCAGCCUCCAGUCAGAGGCCUGGUUAGGACGGAUCAGUCAGUUGCUAAUUCGCACAGCUCCUGGCAGAGGGUGGAGAUAUGAAGGCAAGGCCUCGGGAAGGAGGGGCCUGUGAUCUGCCUCUGAUGUCGCCCUCAGCUUGGGAGAAGCAAGAAUAUUUACACUGUAUUGUCACAGUGUUUUUGCACUUUUCAGAUGUCCUAGAUAGUACAUACUGUAUAUUGAUAGCACAUAUUAAUUUGUUUAUGUAUUUGAGAUAAAGAAAGGCUUAAAACUUAAGAGUAUAUAUUUGGAAUACGAUACUAGAACAUUUUCUGUACUUGAAUUAAGGAGCUUUCCCAUCGUGUACACUUCACUGGGUCCUCACUUCUAGUACCUACCUGACAGUGUCUGCGUUUGCCACUUUGUUUGCCCAAGGACACUCCUAACUGUGAUGUUUUGGUAUUUGAGAUGAACUGUGAAUAUAAAGCUGUACUGUAAGCAGGGUGUCCGUCGUUGGCGUGACUGCACAUACUCGCAUCAAUAAAAGAACAUGUCACUCCUGA